AUGAAUCGAAGGUUGUUUGUUGGAAACUUAGAAUAUCAAAUUAAAAACUUUGAACUAAAAGAUUUUUUUGAAAGGUUUGGCAAAGUGGUUGAUGUUGUUAUCAUGAAGAAGUAUGAUGGUUCCUCAAAAGGAUUUGGGUAUGUUGAAUUUGAUACGGAAGAAUCAGCCCAAAAAGCACUUAGGGAAGGUAAUAACGAGAUGUUAAGAGGUAGAAACAUUCGUGUGGACAUAGCUACUGAAAGAAAACAACACGGACACAAGGAACGGUCAAGAAGUCGAGAAAGAAACCAACACACUUUCAGGACUGAUGUCCCAUUUUUGUUUCGGGAUAGUUUUUCAAGAUUAAAAGAUCUUCCAAUAAGAAGAGAUUUUGAUUAUUCUAGAAGUUAUGAACCAUAUAGUAAAGAAUCACAAAAUUUUGAUAAAGAAAGAAAACAAAUUUAUUUUAGUGAUCAAAAAUAUGACAGGAUGGGUUCUGAUCCAUUAGUAAGGAAAAGACAAGUAAGUCAUGAUCUUAUUUAUGAACCUUUAGAGAGAUAUCGGUAUGAAGCAUCAUUAAGAUCAGAUGGUUAUAUGAGACGAUUGGACAAACAUCAAGAGAUAUAUAAAAGAGGGCGUGAAGGGAGUAUUCAACGAGAUGAAUUAUAUAAUAGUGAUGGGUCAAGAACCAAAGAAACAAGUUUUGGAUUAAGUGAAACAGUGAUUUUUGUAAGAAAUCUUCCAUUUAGUAUGGAUAGCUUUGAAUUAAAACAACUGUUUGAUCCGUGUCAUUCUAUUGAUGCAAGUGUUGUUUAUGAUAAAGAUACAAACAAAAGUAAAGGAUAUGGUUUUGUUGUAUUUGAUAAUUCAAGUGAUCAACACAUAGCCAUAGAACAGUUUAAUAAUUAUCUUGUAGAAUGUAGAAAAAUAAUGGUGUUUAAGGCAUCUCUUCUUCAAGAAGAAAGAACAAAGGCAAUGAGAUAA